AUGUACAAGGGUAUUAUUGGUUGGUUCAAAGGAAAGAACGUUGCUGGGCUUGAGGGGAUGGUUGAUGAAGUUGAACAUGCCAAUGUCAAGAGAGUGAUUGCGCCAGCGUUUUCUUGGAGGUCAGUUCUGAACUACGAAUCCCAUAUCGACCACAGCGCGGGGGAAUUGGUCCAAACACUCGAAAAUCGGGAUGUUGUUGAUAUGAAUGAAUGGCUCUCAUACUGGGCCAUUGAUAGUAUGAACAAUAUUGCCUUUUCCUCCGACCUUGGAUUCAUGAAACACGCCACGGAUGUCGGUGGGACUUUGAACACGGUUCGUGCUGUGACCUCAAUUUGGAUGUAUGUAUUUGCAUUUCCCACGGUUUUCAUGUGGUUUGCAUGGGCAGCAAGUUUCUUUGUCGGACCUAGUGGGAAAUUGGUCAGCAUGUGUUUGGAGCGUGUCAAUUCUCGAAUGGAAAGCAAGGAGAAGCAGAAUAAAGCUACGAUAAAAGAGGAGGAUCUUCUGGAUGUUUACAUCAAAGCACGCCAGGAGCAUCCAAAUCUCAUUUCCCACGAGAGGGUUAUCGGAAUGACUUUCACGACGCUUCUUGCAGGAGCGGACACUACGGCGUUCAAUUUGGCAUGGACGGUGUACUACUUGCUCAAACAUCCAGCCACCCUGCGCCGGCUCCAGGAAGAACUCGAUAAUGCUAUGCUAGCAAACACACUGUCUUAUCCACCAACCCUGAAGGACCUAUCGAAGCUUCCAUACCUUGAGGCUGUCAUCAAGGAGGGCCUACGAUAUGCACUCCUACUUCAGCUGAACAUGGAUCGGGUCGUCCCAAAGGGGGGCAUGAAGAUAUGUGGUCACCAUAUUCCAGCAGGAACCACCGUCGGAUGUCAUUCGAGAGUAAUCCACCUUAACAAGGAUGUUUAUGGCGAAGAUGCCAAAAACUUCCGGCCUGAGCGAUGGCUAGAAGCAAGUGAAGAACAACGAAAGCUCAUGGAGCGAUGUGGGAUUUGGUUUGGAAGUGGAAAGCACACUUGCAUAGGUCAGCAUUUUGCUCGGGCAAAGACGAUGAAGGUCCUUUCCAUGAUCCUCAUGAAGUUGGAGAUCUCGGACGCUGAUGAAGCCGCGGAAAUGAUUUCUGGAGCUGUCAGCUCAACCCGUGGCCCAACGCAUUCUUAUUACAUGAAGGUCAAGAAAAGGGGGUCGUCGUUUGCGGCCAAAGCGUAG